CUUGUAACGAUUUUACGUAUGAGAAAGUGCAGCCCUUCCUUCAGUGUAUCAACCCGCCGAGUAGCGAAUGAAUGAAACCCAAAGGGCGGGGGUGGAGGAAAGGAGGGCAAUCUUAUUCCAAGAAGGGGCUCGUCAGUUCCGCACAACGUCACGGAAGUAGGGCACUAUAACAAACUAUAAAGCUCGCAGCAGCCCCCGAUCCUCAGCGCUCCAGCCGGUGCCCGGGAACUCGCGCAGGGGCGACCCCGGAGUUCUCCGCGGGCGACAGCCCUUAGCAUCUCUUUUUCCGACUGUCUCAUCCUGCCUGCCUGCUAGGUUCGCAGACUCCUCGGGGAAAGUGCCUCCCUUCUCCCCAUCACCUGCAGGUUCAAAGCAUCCCUUAACCAGAAAGGGCUGUGGGUACCUUUCUACCCCGCUUUCGGGCGGGGCUGAGGUCCACUGAGCAGCAAAGCUACCGGGAAGCAGAGAAGAACUUCGAGGGAGACUGCCCGGGCGGGCAGUGGUUGAGUGAGGGGAACCGGGUUGCCGACCCAUCGCUAUGGCCUCGCUCCCCGUAGCCGCGAACUGGACGGACGGGGGAACAGCGGGUGCGGACGCCGGGAACCCGAGUGCCGCGCUCGAGGCUGGGGCAGCGGCGGGAGAGGCUGACACCGAGUGGCUGCAACUGCUAGCCCAAGCCGGCAAUCUUUCCGCUUCCUCCUCCACGCUGGGACUGGCCGCGGCCUCCGCGGCGCCUUCGCAGUUCCGGGCCAACCUCACCAACCAGUUCGUGCAGCCGUCUUGGCGCAUUGCGCUCUGGUCCCUAGCAUACGGCGUGGUGGUGGCCGUGGCGGUCUUCGGGAAUCUCAUCGUCAUCUGGAUCAUCCUGGCCCACAAGCGCAUGCGGACUGUCACCAACUACUUCCUCGUGAACUUGGCUUUCUCCGACGCCUCCAUGGCCGCCUUCAACACCUUGGUCAACUUCAUCUAUGCGCUUCACAGCGAGUGGUACUUCGGCGCCAACUACUGUCGCUUCCAGAACUUCUUUCCUAUCACAGCGGUGUUCGCCAGCAUCUACUCUAUGACGGCCAUUGCAGUGGACAGGUAUAUGGCCAUUAUUGAUCCCUUGAAGCCCAGACUGUCUGCCACUGCAACCAAGAUUGUCAUUGGAGGCAUUUGGAUUCUAGCAUUUCUACUUGCCUUCCCUCAGUGUCUUUACUCCAAAACCAAAGUCAUGCCGGGCCGUACUCUUUGCUAUGUGCAAUGGCCAGAAGGUCCCAAACAACAUUUCACUUACCAUAUUAUUGUUAUUAUACUGGUUUACUGUUUCCCAUUGCUCAUCAUGGGUAUCACAUACACCAUUGUUGGAAUCACUCUCUGGGGAGGAGAGAUCCCAGGGGACACCUGUGACAAGUAUCAUGAGCAGCUAAAGGCUAAAAGGAAGGUUGUAAAAAUGAUGAUUAUUGUCGUGGUGACAUUUGCCAUCUGCUGGCUGCCCUAUCAUAUUUACUUCAUCCUCACCGCGAUCUAUCAACAACUAAAUAGGUGGAAAUAUAUUCAGCAGGUCUACCUGGCUAGCUUUUGGCUGGCAAUGAGCUCAACCAUGUACAACCCCAUCAUCUACUGCUGUCUGAAUAAGAGAUUUCGAGCUGGCUUCAAGAGAGCAUUCCGCUGGUGUCCUUUCAUCAAAGUUUCUAGCUAUGAUGAGCUGGAGCUCAAGACCACCAGGUUUCACCCGACUCGGCAAAGCAGCCUGUACACUGUGACCAGGAUGGAGUCCAUGACAGUGGUGUUUGACCCAAAUGAUGUGGAUAAGACCAAAUCCAGUCGGAAGAAGAGAGUGCCUCCAAGAGACCCAAGCUUCAACGGCUGCUCCCGCCGGAAUUCCAAAUCUGCCUCCACCACUUCAAGUUUCAUAAGCUCACCCUAUACUUCUGUGGAUGAAUAUUCCUAAAUCCAUUUCCUCAGCUGAAAGAGUAGGGUGACGCCAUCAUGGUGCCACCAUAGGCCCACACCCUCCUGAUUGUCGGUCAGCCCUGUCCUACAUACUCUCUGAAAACAGAAGGGCAAUUUUUAGGCAACUAUGUUUCAACUGAGAAAGAUAGCAUAUAAGUAUAACAAAGACACUAUUCAGAUAUUUGCCCCCUCAAAAGUAAAAUGGCCUUUAAAUUUAUUCUUUGAAAACUGAAUUAUUAUAUGUAACAGAAAAAUAUACUGAAAAAUACAUGUAGAAUGUUCCAUUUUUCUCACUGAAAAACUGCAAUAUACAUUUGUGACACUAAGGUGACAUAUGAUUUUCCCAAAAGAUUAAAGAACCUUUAAAAUAUAAUUAUGUGAAUGAAUUAAAACAAAACCUAUAUAAAAUGAUACGUUUUCAUCUAUAGCUAUAAAACAGAAAAAAAGUUAUAUGACUAAUUUUACCAUUAGAAUGAUGGAAACUUAACCUCCAGGAGUAAAAGUUAAUGAAAAUCUUUGCAAAAGAGAACUAAUUCUGUGGAAUAAAAUUUUUUUGAGAUUUAAAGAUUUUCUCCAAGAAAUGUAACUGAAAAAGAAAUCUAAUCAAAUUAUUAGGCAUCUGUACAUAUUAUUUUCUUUACAUUUUUAUCUGGGAAAGUGGCUUCAAAAGAAAAAAAAAUAAUUAUUUACCUUUUGACCAUUACAUAU